UUUAACUUCGAGAUCGUGCCAACGACAGAACGUGUAAUCUCUGCUCUAACAUGUCUCUGCUCCAAAACAUGCUGCUCGAUCCAUAUGGAAGCAUCUUCCAUCAGUUCAACGACUCCGGCGACGACAGAAUCCCCAUGGACUGGAAGGAAACCGCGGCGGCUCACGUCUUGAAGGCCGACCUCCCGGGGUUCAAGAAAGAGGACGUGAAGGUGGAGGUGGAGGACGGCGGCGUCAUCUCCAUCACAGCCAAAAGGUCGCGCGACAAGAAGGAUGAUGAAGGAGAAGAAGAGUGCACGUGGCAUUGCUCGGAGAGGAGGAGUAGCGACGGGCACCUCCGGCGGCGGAGGUUCAGGCUGCCGGAGGACGCGAAGGCGGAGAAGGUCAAGGCGUCGAUGGAGAACGGGGUGCUCACGCUGGUGGUGCCCAAGGAGGACGCGAAUAAGCCGCAGGUGAGGUCGGUUGAGAUCGAGGGUGGAGACGGCAAGAAGAAGAGGUCGGAGAAAGGGAAGAAGAACAAGGACGAGAUCGUUUGCUGCACGUUUUGGCAUCGUUAAUCGAUUCAUGUGUGUGAAAUAAUGUAAUCAGUAGCCAAAGUAAUCAAAAUCCUACUAAUUAAAUUUA